CGAGCGGGCCCAACACCUCUUCCAUGUUCCUGCCGCAGAGCGAAGGGCAUAGUUUCCCGCUCAUAUAAAUCCGGAAUGCACAUCCGAGUCAUUCAUGACCAUGACUCGUAUCUCUCGCGAUCCUUAUUCACUGUGCCGAUAACAAGCGUCCACCCUCUGCCGUUCCUCUCGCAUCAAAUCCGCAUACACCUGUACUCGAUCGAAACGCGUGCGGAACAGGUUGAUAAGUAGGAAUCAGUACGUUUCGGUGAGCUUUCCUCGGUCAAUGUCUCUCCUCCGCAACGUCCUCAAGCGGAACCAGCGGCAUGCCGAUACUGCAAGCUCGCAGACCGAUGGGUCCGAGAUCGACAAAAGCGGUGCCGAGGGAGAGGUCGCAGGGGUAGAUGUCGCAGCACGGGAUGAAGCGGAGACACCCACCUUCCAGGACGCGUCGGGAAAGGCGUUCAACCCAUCGUCUUCAAAGCGCAGCCUCAAGAGCUACGCUGCAUCUAUCAGCAAGCUAUCCGUCGGGAAAAAGAGUAUCAAGAGCUACGCAUCUACCAUUCGCUCUUCGGGUGGACGCACUAUCCGGUCGCUAGCGGAGUCAAUGAUGAGCUUCUAUAGCCUGGUGACGAUGGGUGGGACAAGAGUGCCGAAGCGACGCAGGCCAGACUUCUCGACCCUCGGCGUCCCGCACUGGUACGAAUCAGACCCACCUUCUCCUCCGCUGAUGGAUGGAACGGAGGAGUCUUCGCCCAUCCCGACAUACUACAACCGAGGGAUAUCUGGGACUUUGCAUGCGAGAUCCGCUGGGGAGAAGCCGUGGCUUGGGGUGGUCAUUUACAGCCAUGCGCGCCCCGAAUCGGUUAUGCCCAUGUAUCACAACGCAGCAAAGGUGUUGGGGGAAGUAAGAUUGAAGGUGGCGCGUAAGAUGAAGAUCAGGAGUAUCGAUGUUUGGGUCAUUAUCAAUACCGACUCCGUCCUCGACUUGUUUUCUUUGCCCCAUCUGGCCAUGAAAGCUACGGUGUGGAACCGAGCAAUGGGCGAUCCAAGGCGACUGAAGGAGAAUGCUCAAGCCGUGCGAGCUCUCAUGAACGAAACAGGAACCACGACAGAGAGCGGAUUUCACGAGUGGCAGGGAAAGUUUCCAAAGGGAACAUUUGUCUUCCCGUUCGCGUUUCCCGCAUUCCCAGCUGAUUUCCAAAUCAAACACUUUGACGACACAAAGAAACGGAAUCUUAGUCGUGUUCCCUUGCCUCCAUCCCAUACAAUCACCAUGGUCACGGGCUUCUCCGGUUCGAUCAAAUACACAGUGGGGGUCAACAUCGAUUAUGACAAGGUCGGAGAGCCAGACGAAGAGUUUGACAUGCCGAUGCAGUACCUUCCACUCUCAAAACGGGUCGUUCAAGAGCCUACACCCUUUCCGUAUCUUCCGACCCGUGAAGACUGGCCAUUGCGCAGAGAAGUGAUCGGCGGCUGGCAGCUUACCCCGUUCGGGGGACGAGGCAGACUGGGCGAGGAGAUGGUUGAAAUGGAAGGCAUCCUCGGUGUCCAGCUCCCAGCCGUCGUUACAGCAGGGGAUGUGGUCCAGUUCUCUCUUCUGCUGUGGUCCAAAAACGAACUGACACUCGAAGCGCUCGGGCAGCCUGGUGCCGUCGAAGUAGCGUUUCUCAGCUCCGACAUGUUCGCAGCGAAUGUGAUGCACCCGCGGACCUCGUCGCGGAAAGACCGCUAUCUCGGACGGCUUGGAUAUGGUCGCGUCUGGCGCACGGAUGAUGGAAGGCCGGACGAUGAAGGGCCUGUCCCUGAAAUCAAGAUGGUCCAGUUGCCGGACCCGCCAGCGCCGGGAUCGGUCAAACAUCCGCAGCUCGGCUCGCACACGGUCAAAGGCGCCCAGUCAAAGCGCAUGAGGGAGGUCUGGAUUGCAGAUACCGUCAACGAGGAUGAGCAGGUGGCAUCUACAGUUCAGAAGGGAAGCGAACCCGGGUCUUCGCUCAGUCCUGACGACGGCAAUGCUUUGUCCGAGCACAAUGUGGCCUUUCUGCCGAGCGGGGAAGAUGCGGAGUCGAACGUGGAAUCUACUGCUGCCGAUUCUGAAGCUACGACCACACGCGCCCCUUCACCUACACCGUCGACAGAAGAGAUCAAAGUAGACUUUGAGGAGAUCGAAGAGCCGGACCACUUCCUGCGAAUGGACGGGGAGAUCAAGAUCCCAGCAUGCACCCAUCCCAGCUACCGGUUCCCCAAUAUGGGUCGCGAGUACGUUGUGCACCUGAUAUUCAGCCACCCGCAAUACAUGCACAUUUCCCCGAAUGCGACUGGGAUUCUGGCUGAGUUCCCGGUCUGGUACGUUCUAGACAGGUUCCAUUACCUGCCUCCGAGUGCGACGACGCCGAGAUCGCGCCAGACAUGGGAACAACUCAAUGCGCUACCGCGCUCUGGUGCUGAGGUGCCCAUCGAUAAUAAAUCCUUUGUGGCACCGUUCGUGGAAGGGGUUGUGACUACGGAGAAGAGACCCACAGCCAAGUUCACCCGAUACUUUGCGUUUUAGCAUAGCUUUCCCUAAUAGGAACACAAAUUUCUUCAAGUCAGAUCACGCACUAGCAGACUCAUCAUUGUCUAGUUAAGAAUUAGACCUGG